AUGGAUUUUGAAAGCCCAGACGUGGAAAAAGACUUUCCAGGGUUAUAUGCGUCAGAAGCUGGCCGUAAAAGUAAUGAAAGUGACUUUAGUGAUGGUGGGGAACAUGAAAAACCAAGCAAGAAAGAUUUACUGGGCCGCCGGAAAGAGAAAAAGGAAUCUAAAAAAGACAGGGGCUAUGCUGCUCUAGAAGGAGAAAGUUCUCCUGAAGAAGAUACAGACACAAAAAGUCCAUCAAAAUCAAAAAAGACUAAAUCUUUCAAAUUCCCUACAAAGAGUAAAGAGAAGAGAGAGAAAUCUCGUGAUAAAGAAAAAGUUUUGGACGAUGCUCUUAAGCAGAGAGAAAUAACAGAAAAAGAGAAGAAGAAAGAAAAAGAGAGGGAAAAAGAGAAAGAAAAAGAAAGAAAAAAAGAGAAAGAAAAGAGAGAAAAAUUAAAGGAAAAGGAUAAGGAAAAAGAAGAAAAAGCCAAAUUCAAAUUGGAGUCUAAAGAAAAGCUCAAAGAUGAGAAAAAAGACAAAGUGAAGGAGAAGGACAAGGAAAAAGUGAAAGAGAAAGAUAAAGAAAAAGUCAAAGAAAAAGACAAGGACAAGAAGGAUAAGAAAUUGACAAAAGUGCCGUCGACAGUGACGGCAGGGGUGCCGUUUGAAGAAAUUUUCACAUUGGGAGUUGCUCUGCCUAUCUUUGGUGUUCCGCUGCAGCAAUCCGUGGAGAGAUCCAGAUGCCACGAUGACUUCAGACUGCCCCUGGUCGUUCGCGACAGCAUCGACUACCUACAGGCGCACGGACUCAAAUCCACUCAGAUAUACCGCGGUGAACCGGAUAAGAUCAAGUUGCAGCAACUCCGCAAGUUGUACACGGACCGAGGGCCGACGUUCCCUUAUCAUUGGGAUGUUCCCGUCGCUUGUGCUAUACUGAAAAGUUUCAUUAGCGAACUGCCCGAGUCCAUCUUGACUCAAGAGUUGCACGGACAGUUCGAGCAAGCCACUGCCAUCGCGGAGCCGCAACGUGAAGCCGCCAUACUCGCCCUCACCGCCCGCCUGCCGCCACACAACCACGCCCUGCUAGCGUGCCUACUGCGGCACUUCCAAGCCGUCCUCUCACACGACCAGUUUAACCAUGCAAACAUUCAGACUAUUACAACAGCGAUGGGCCCAGCGUUAAAUAUGUCUUUCAAUCUUCUUGCUUAUUUGAUCAGUAAAACAGACAAGUUGUUCCCGAACAUACAAUUGACUAAAUACGUGCCGCCGCUACUGUCUAUUCCGGCGGAUUUCCCUGAGAGUGGGGCGGCUAUAAGUGCAGAGUUACGCAAACAGGAAUCAUUAUUAGCUCAGCUGCACGCGGAGAUGCACGCCGGAUUCGUAACGCCCGCACGAGAUCAACGACUAUGGGAAGCGCAACGAAUCGUCACUCAACUUAAGAGAAAAUUGCGAGCCGUGCAGAAGUCUACUGAACCGAACUCGUUACCGCCGCAGCCAUCAGUGGACGAAAAACCCGAGGAAGAUAUCGUACGAAGAAACUCCCAACCGAACGACACAAACGUGACGCAAACCGAAAACAAACCAUCCCUCCCCACUCCGCAAACGUCAGACGCUUUCCGAGAAAAAUUCCCUGAGACUACUCCCGACAAAUUCUUAGAGAAAUUCCCAGAAGAUAUCACUGAUAAAUUUGUAGAGAAGUUCCCCGAAAAUAUUCCCGGCGCAUUCGUUGAAAAUUUUCCAGAGAGCGUAUCGGACAAGAUCGCAGAGAAAUUCCCAGAUGCCUUCCCCGAUAUCGAAUCGCCAAAACAGGAGAUCGCUUUCGACGCCGAAUUCGAAGAUAAUUUCGAUUUCACAGCAGAAGCGAAGGAAACUACUAAAGUGGAAACGCCUGUCGAACCGGCCAUAGAGAAACCAAAAUUCACUGAGAAAGAAUUGCGAGUACUUCGUUUAGAACUUGAAAACGCUGAAUAUCUGCAACUGAAAUCGUUGCUGCAAGCGAAAAUCAAUUCUGAGCAAUUCGAAAUAGUGAAGCUCAGAAGCCACGUCGCUUUGAAGAACAAACAGGAAGCUGCUCAGAAUAAUAAAGAAAACAAAGAGAGUAAUACCCCAGAAGAGCAAGAAUUGAAACAAAGACUGAUAAAAGAAAAUGCGUUGCUUGAGCAGAAAAGAUUGAAUCUUAUCAAUCAGAUUUUCCAAGAACGAGUUGCUUGCAUACAUCUUAAGAUUGAACUCGCUAUGAAAGAAAUACUAAAGUCCUAA